AACAUUGUCUUGUCCAUCAAGACUGGCGCCACCGAGGCUUUCGACAAGCUGCCCACUCAGCUGCUCACCAUCUUGCAAUGCGCCGACACUCUCCUACUCUUCUCCGACUUGGACCAAGACAUCCACUCGCUGCACAUCCACGAUGUGCUUUCUCGUUAUGAUCCCGACUUCCUCGCACACCACCCCGACUUUGAGCUAUAUCGCAAGCAAAAAGAAUACCAAGCCGAGGGCCGUGACAUCCACACACUGAGCACAAUGAAAGACUCCAAUUCUGAUUGGCGAACUGCUGGCCACAAUGCAGCCUGGGCUCUUGACAAGUACAAGUUUCUGCAUAUGAUUGAAAGAGCUUGGGAGCUACAACCGGACAAAGACUGGUAUGUCUUUGCCGAGACCGACACCUAUAUUGUCUGGCGCAACCUCGUGCAAUGGCUCCAGAGAUUUGAUCCAAGCGAGCCACUCUAUCUCGGGCGGGGUGAACCUAUGAAGAAAGAGGAAGGAGAUGGCUUCUACUUUGCCCAUGGCGGAAGUGGCUUUGUGCUGUCGCGUGCUGCCAUGUAUCACUUCUGCGUCACCAAAAAGGGCCUUGCUAGCCGAUGGGACGCUAGGAUUCCCGAUCUAUGGUUCGGUGAUUACGUCGUAGCCAAAGCACUCAAGGAGGAGCUUGAUCUCAAUCUGACCUCGGCCGCGCCCAUGUUUAGCGGCCACAAGCCCAUGAGCUUGCCCAUUGGUACUGGCAUCUGGUGUCGUCCUGUCAUUACUCAGCACCACUUGCGUUCCGAGGAGGUGCAAAAUCUAUGGAUGCUGGAGGAUGAGUUUUACACAAAUCCAUCUUCAAACACUCUACCACACAUACGCUUUUCACAUCUAUUUAGAGAUAUACUGUCUGGUGUCAUAUUUCCAGAGCUGCGCUCUGAGUGGGAUAACCUGUCGCAAGACAGUAUCUACACGAUU